CUGAUGGUUCUGUAUGCGGUCCGUCACGCUACGAAGCUAUAUUGUCCAGUAUAUACCAGCCAUUACGAAUCUAUCGGAAAGCCAGCUACGAAGGGGUGAUAAGCAUUUAUAUUUGAAAUGGAACAAAUUUAGCAUCAAUAUUCGACGUAAAUAUUGUGUCCCAUUUUAUCAUCAUCACUGUCUGAUCAGUGUAGUCCAGAUUCUGCGAAAUAUUAAUAAGAAGAUAAGAAAGCGGUAAUUCUUUGCGGUCUGUCGAGAUUUGCUCAGACGUUCUUAUCAUCUAUACCAGUGGUCUUCAAGCUGUGGUCCGUGGUGUGAACAGACGUAAUCCGCAAAAGAAUUGAUUUUUGAAAAAGAAAAGCUUAUUACUAUACACAUUGUGCAUUGUUUUACCCACAAUCAAAGUGGUCCGCAAUACUAAAAUGGUUGGAGGACAGUGAUCGAUAUGACAGUUAUCCUUUUUAUUUAAUGAUAUUAAAGCAAUCAUUACAGGUAACAUGAAAUUGAAAUUGAAUUGGUAAUGGAUUGGUUUGAGAAUCUUUUAGUUGGCAAAUCGUCCUACGCGGAAAGGCCGGCAUAUUUAGGCUUUCGAGACUUUGUGAGUUAUGAACAGACAUGGCCGUUAGUGUUUAAUCAUAAACCCUUUGUAUUUUUUUUUUAUAAGAUGGAGAAUUAAAUCACUGUGACUAACCUGCACUGAGGGUCGCAGAGCGGGGAUCUCCCAGCAGCUUAAACUUAAACUUUACCGCCCUAAACGCCCUCCAGGGGCAUAUUUCUUUCAACACUCCAGACCCGCUGGUUAACGCAUCAACAAUAGAGUUAAGGACGGUGAAAGAGCCAAAUCGAAGCUCCUCUCUCGGGGCAACAUUGGCGUGCAAUUGGAUAAAUGAAUACCAACGGGAGCUGCAAACUUCAUACAGCGAUCAUAUUCUCGACCGAAGACAACAGGAUGUGUCCCCAAACCAACCACUUACCACCAUGCACAUCUCACUAGAUGCGAUUUACAACUUUGUCUAUUCCGUAUUGAAUCCCUCACCCUAAAUUCCGGUAUGGAUCCCUCCGCCAGGAUAGCCGCCCAGCAUUAGAGUCACCGAAACUAACAAGACUUCAUCCCUACGACAACCGACCGGUGCCAAGUUAUUCGGAUCAUAACCUGUACCGCUUCCCUGUCACGGCUGGGGAGUUCGAACUUCCAGUGUCACAUCCGGUGGAAGAUACCACCUGAAAGCCUGACUUCUAAGCCUGCCGGCAUGUGAUAGCAUCUCGAUCUCCAGGCCCUACCAUACCCAGUUGGAUCGAAAUGGAUCGAGACUCCUCGGACUCUCCUCUGCGCGCCUUGCGGCGAAGUGGCAGAGCAUUCGCAUCUUCUUCCUUGCAGACCCAACAUUUUUCCUUGACAAGUCAAGGCGAUCCCGCACAAAGCACCUCUAAUGUAUGGAUAUAACGUUCCAUACGCGUGCACUGGUUACUGAAACUGCUAUUAGUACUCCUACAGGACGAGGCGUCCUAACAGUCCGAUCCUCAAUGCUUUGUCCAGGGCAGCCAGUCAACUCCAGGCAUCUUCGAGUCCUAUCACUCGACUUGAUCCUGUGAUGCAUCAAAGUCACUGGCGGGUUUACUCAACAGGCGCCGCAGUGAUACGGACAGUGCCUGUCUUUGGACCCAGUAAGACUAUUGCCUCGCACGGUUUUCGAGGCCGCGACAUCGGCUCAUGGGCCACCAGAAUGCGCGCCACUUUGGCACGUUUGCACAUAGGUGCGUACACGUAACGCGGCGUUGCAGAUUGACACUACACUAAAAAGAUACUGGUGGCCGGAACUAGCUGCUUCCCGUUCCACAGCGGAGUUGUGUGAGUAAAUGGACCCUGUGGGGGUCCCCACCGCAGUCUUUCAGCAGUCGAGCGUCCGGUCUGUGCCACCAUUAACUAUUUUGACGUUAAUGGUGAAGCAGGCGGCUGUGUUUCGUGUACACCGGGCCAUUCGACUACUGCAGUGAAUAGCUUUCUAGUAAUGCUGAAAUCUAAUACGCUAAUAUCGCACUUGGAAUAGGCAAAUUGUAAACGAUGAACCAUUUCGACUAGUGUCGAGUAUGUAAAACGAAUUUUUAAUGUAAGAUAGUAAAUGCCAUGCCAACGAGCGUGCCGAUAACGCUCGCAAAUUGGUCACUUUUUUCAUUUAAUUCCAAUUUGAACAGAGUACUGACCCAACUCCACAAAACACUAUACAGUGUCCAGUGUACUGUUGAUGUGUGUUAUCCAUUAACGAGCCGGUAUUGCUAGUGUGCCAUCGCUGUUUUUUCCGCAGCAACCAUGUAAUCAGUGCAUUAAGAUUACCUUACUGUUUAUCCAUUACCUACACUCAGUUUGAUUAAGCAUUAUGUUGUGUUUUGUUAUCCUCCUUAGGAAGAAAUGUUUUAUUAUCGCUUCACUGCUGCUGUUAGUGCCGGCGCCCAAUGCAGCAUUCCAGUUUUUGUGCGCCAACAUGCUGUGCACCAUAAAGAAGUGGACUCCCAGCGAGGAAGGCACAUUUUUGCUUGCCCAUAUCCCGAACGAUACUUUAAUGUUAAAGCUUUCCCAUCUGAAGGCCAACACAUUCAGCCUGGCCACCCUGGACAAGAUAAUGGCGAUCGAGAUAGAACGAUCUUCCGUCAAAAAGGUGAUAAUGCCGUCGUCCACCGCCACAAUACGCCUGAAGCUCGCUCGAACGUACCUCAGCGACAUCGCGUUCGUUGCCGGCAAUGGGCGGUUAAAUUUCCUCACCAUUACUGAAAGCCGGCUAAAAACCAUCCCGAGCACCAUCGUACAUCUGCUAGCGUUGGAAACGGUCACAAUAACAAAAUCACCCAUCGAAACGAUCAACUUGUGUCUGUUUACCAAGCUGACGCGCCUGUACGAGCUUAAUCUCUGCAGUAACAAAAUUCUGUUUCUUCAACUGCCGACCACAUCGGUUGGCGAUUUCGAGGGCCUGCGACUGUUGUUUUUGGCGGACAAUCUGCUGACCACGAUCAACUUGGGCGCGUUCAACGGUAUGCAGGCACUGCAGACGCUAGACUUCCAGAACAACCGGAUCCGGCGCGUGCAAGGAGCGCUGGUGUCGAAUAGCUUGCAAACGCUCGAACUGUCCGGGAACCGUUUGGAGACGCUCUACUGUUGCGAUUGGCAUCUUCCCAAUUUUACCCGCCUCGCGUUGAGUCGAAAUAAGCAGUCGAUCUUACCGACCUGUCUUUCGUUAACCAUGCCCAACGUGCUGUACCUGAUACUCGACAGGAACACACUAAUCGAUAGCGAUACGUGGAACAACAUCUUUACGCUGAAACGUUUGCAACAGCUAGACAUUAGCCACAACCGGCUGACGAAGGCAGUUUUGGACAACAUUUCGAAUUCUCUGCUGUUUCUCGACCUGCAAUACAACAACAUAACAGUGCUGCAUGUUCCGGCUGCGCGCAUGGGUUUGAGAAUUACUGCAUCUAACAAUGCGAUCGACACGUUCGAUAUCAAAAGUCUGUCACCGAACGUUACGACGCUAGAAAUGUUUUGCAACCCAAUCGACUGCUCGUUCAAUCGUGCACGCAUGCAGAUUGGUCAAGAGCCUGUGUGCUACACAGAUAGGAGAAAUUGUAAUACAUUACAAAAAAAUAAUUAAAUAAAAAACAGGCUAAUGUAUUGCGGGC